AUGUCAUUAAACUACAUAAAGAACUUCUAUGAGGGAUGUCUCCGGCCACCAACAGUGAUUGGUCAGUUCCACACAUUGUUCUUCGGUUCUGUGCGGAUGUUCUUCCUGGGCGUUCUAGGAUUUGCAGUUUAUGGCAACGAGGCUCUCCACUUCAGCUGCGACCCAGACAGGAGAGAAUUAAACUUAUACUGUUAUAACCAAUUCCGACCCAUAACUCCUCAGGUCUUUUGGGCUUUACAGUUGGUGACGGUUCUUGUGCCAGGAGCAGUAUUUCAUCUCUAUGCUGCAUGUAAAAAUAUUGACCAGGAGGAUAUUCUGGAGCGGCCUGUCUACACCGUCUACUACAUCAUUUCAGUCCUUUUACGGAUCAUUCUGGAAGUGGUAGCAUUUUGGUUGCAGAGUCAUCUCUUUGGUUUCCUGGUCCAUCCACUCUACUUCUGUGAUGCCAGUGCUCUUGAGAAGGCCUUCAACUUCACAAAAUGCAUGGUGCCAGAGCAUUUUGAAAAGACUAUUUUCCUUAGUGCAAUGUACAUUUUUACCAUUAUUACUGUAAUUUUGUGUAUAGCUGAGAUUUUUGAAAUACUGUGUCGUAGGCUUGGUUAUUUGGCCAAUCAGUGA